AUGGUGUGGAGUGUGUGUGACUGGUCGGACACAUGUGUGUGGUAUGGUGUGGUGUGCCUGUGUGUUGACGAAGCGAUCGCCAGUGAUGGAGCAGAGGAGGUGAACGAACGAACGAACGAAUGAAC